AACUUGCAAAUAACCCGCCCAUUUCUGAAUCUUUGCCAAUCAUUUCACGCUCCCGCCGCCGAGCUGCGGGGACCUGAAAGAUCCGAGGCGGCCGCCGACGAUGACGUCCAGACUCCGAGUCACCGUCUCCCCACUCCUCACUUCCAUUGCCGGUGAACGCGGUGUCAUCUCGCUCAAAUCGAAGCUGCCACUGCUUAAUAGCUCUCCAUUUGAAGUAGAAGGGUUGAGGCAGUCAUUACAUGAAUCUGCUGGUGAAGAUGAUGAUUUCUCGGAGUUGGGUCCACCAGUGAAACAAGGAGCCGGUAAACGAAAAACUUUAAGACUGAAGACGGAGAAGGUCGACUUCGUCAAGCAUGGCAGAAAAAGUUCAGCUGGUGCAUCUUCAACUGUCAAUGUGAAUCCCGCCAAGAAAGUGCCCUCAAAAUCAUGGAAACCAUUUUCAAAUGGCUACAACAAGUUAGAGGAGAUACGUUCUGUAUUUCGGGGGAUUUCUAAUGGAUCCAAGAGGAGAGGGCUUGAUGAUGCAGAUCAGCCUGACAUUGAAUAUGAGAAACCAGUGAGGCCACCAGCAGUGGAGGAGAAAACUGUAGAUGAUUCACAUUCAUCAAUUCAUACUCGCUGCUCUUCUGAGACUGCAACUAUCAGAAUCAGCAAUAUCUGUGCCGAGACAUCCGAUGCAGCUUUACAUGUGAUUUGCAGUUCAUGCGGCCCUUUGUUGAGAAUUAUAAGGAUCGGAGAGAGCGCUGCCGAUGCUGUUUUUAGCAUAAAGGAUGAAGCAGACACUCCAAGAAUUCUUGAAAGAUUGAACUAUACGAUCAUGGAUGAUUGCAACUGGUCAGCUGCUUUGGAAUCUGAGGAAUAUGCUCCUGCAGCUACAGAGAUAAAAGGUAAUAAUCAGAGUAAGCUGGGCUUGGAGAUUUUCAAUCGAGUGCAUGACUUGGAAAAGGAAAUCACAAUGAAGAAACUAUAUUGUGAAGACUUUUUGAGCUUGCAUGAGGCCAUAAUGAGGCUUGAAAGUUGAAAAACCAAUCGUCCCGAAGCUGAUUGAGAGCUCUCUCUUUGUCAGUCAUUAUUCCCUACAGCUACAAUACAUAUAUGUUCCUGUUUUUGUUACUCAUAUUCAAAAUCUUGUAGAGAUUUAGUCAGAGGUGGACAAAAAAACUACAUGGAGAUUCUUUGUGUCAUUGGGAAAUGUAUAAAGUCCAUGAGCAUGGGAAAUUCUUUUGUCAGACUAAGAUUUUGCCCUUUGAGCCGCUAA